AUGGGCAGGCUUAAAUCCACAAAGGCUGAAGCUGUCAUUCACGGCAGACGCAAAGGGGAGAUAAUGAUCAAGCUGGGACUCCACAGGCACUGGCCGGAGCUGUGGUCACAGAGCCCAAUGCUGGAUGGCCAAGCCCCGACAGAGGCUCAGGAUGCAGAGGAUGGUCCAGGAUCUUCAGAGCCAGGAGACCCGCUACGGAGGCCUGAGACCCAGCAGCAACCCAACUCUGGGGCAGGGCACUGGUGUGUCGGGUGGCGCGGCUGGGCGGUGCUGGGAGCCCUGGGGCUGCUGGCUGGUGCAGGCGUCAGCUCCUGGCUUCUAGUGCUGUAUCUGUGGCCAGCUGCCUCUCAGCCCACUCCUGGAACCCUGCAGGAUGAGAUGAAUUUGAACUGCUCUGAGGCCAGCAGUGAGGAAGCCCUGCUCCCCUCGAUUCCCAGAACAGUUUCUUUCAGAAUAAACACUUCUGAGGACUUCUUGCUGGAAGUACAGCUGAGGGCCCGGCCAGACUGGCUGCUGGUCUGCUCCGAGGGCUGGAGCUCUGCCCUGGGGGCGCGGGUCUGCAGGAGCCUCGGACAUCUCAGACUCACUCACCACAAGGCAGUGAACCUGUCUGACAUCAGGCUCAACAGUUCCAGGGAGUUCGCUCAGCUCUCUCCUGGACUGGAAGGCUUCCUGGAGGAGGUGUGGCAGCCUAGUUUCAGGCUGUCCCGUCUGUCCAGGUGGCGAGUCCAUGCGGGGCUGGUCAGCCACAGCACGGUCAGGCCACACCAAGGGGCUGCGGUGGAGCAGAUCAUCACCCACCCUCUGUACAGAGCCCAGAACCAUGACUAUGAUGUGGCCCUCCUGUGGCUCCGCACCCCACUGCACUUCUCAGACACCGUGGGCGCCCUAUGCUUGCUGGCAGAAGAGCAGGAUUUUCCGAGGGGCUCGGAAUGCUGGGUGUCUGGCUGGGGCCACACUGACCCCAGCCACAGUAACUCCGACGUGCUCCAGAACGCCGUGAUGCCCCUGCUCAGCACCCAGCUCUGCAACAGCUCUUGCGUGUACAGCGGGGCCCUGACGCCCUGCAUGCUGUGUGCCGGCUACCUCGACGGGAGGGCGGAUGCGUGCCAGGGGGACAGCGGGGGUCCCCUGGUGUGUCUGGACGAGGGCACGUGGCGCCUGGUGGGGGUGGUCAGCUGGGGACACGGCUGCGCAGAACCCAGCCACCCCGGAGUCUACGCCAAGGUUGCCGAGUUCCUGGACUGGAUUCAGGACAGCGAGGGGCAGUACCUUUUUCCUCCUCACAAGCUGGUAUUUCUGUGCACAUCAGAAAGCAAUCGGCAUUAUACACAGAUCAGAGAUGAGUGUUGCAGCAGCCUGCAUGUAAUGAGGUUCGGGGAGCGGGGCAUGCCCCCGACAGCCGGCCAAGAGGUCUGCGCUCACCAUGGACCCUGGGGCCCGGCCGGGGGCGUCUCCACCCUCGCUCAGCACCUGUGCUUCCUUUGUGUUCCUAUCGGAACCCCGGUCCCUUGGGCCCCUCAGCCUCCCUGCGGUUCAGCGCUGCCUCAGGGAAGGCUGCCAGCCCCACUGGAAUGCAGAGGCUGCCCGGAGACGGAGACGGGCCGAGGCAGGGGAGGGAAGGAGUAG